UCGGCCGGAGCUCGGGUCCGAACGAUUUGAAAUAAACAACAAAUGACUCAUAGUUCACGAAUAUUUUCCCAAAAUAUAAUUUUUAGCGCUAUAAAAACAAGAGAUCGAGUACAAGAAUGACUGAAAGAAGAUCAAGGCGUAGAAAACGAGAGGUAAUCUAACUAAAUUCUAUAAGACAAAAGAGAAUAUUUUGAGAAUGUAUAAACGCGUGUCUCGCAGUGCGAGUCAGUGAGUGACUGUGAGAUUACAAUAUCUUUUCAAUUUUCCUCAAAUUUACAGUCCGAAUCCGAGGACGAAGAGAACGAAGCUAGCGAUGAACAAACCGAAAUUGCAAAGCAUCUUCGUUUCAAUUGUGAAACGAAAUCCUCCAACUAUAAGAGCCAGAAAGUCGAAUAUUUUAAAGGUACCGUGUCAAGCGCCCGAUUAGUCGAUUAUUCUUGAUAAUGUUGCAGGAUAUAGAUUCUUCAAAUGUACGUAUUCCAAUUUAAUUCAAGACCGUAAUGACUAAAAAUUGUACCGUAUGAUUUCAUAUGAUCUAUCAAAGGCCAAUUUAUAUAUUCAAUAUUAUUUAAAAUUACUUUAUUUGAGCAAAUGCUUGUCUGACAUUUUACAGACAUUAUUUAUUAUAGACAUACCAACUCUUCCUAUUUCCCCUGGAGUCUCCCGAAAAAUCAUGCGAACUCCCGAUUUUUUAUACUAUUCAACGUCGGCAACGAACAUCAUAAAUCGUAUUCAUCAACCUACUGUUUUUAAUUUAGCAACGCGAUAUUCUGUACUUACAUAAAAUAAUACUGGACUGCCUGGCUAACAACACGAACGCAUUAUAAACAACAUAUUCCUCAAAUGCAGGAAAUGCCAUUUCAGGAGACUUCAUUUUCACCAUUUCCUCCAGAUAGUUGCUCUUCGAACUUAUUUUCCUUUGAAGCUCUCUGAACAGUCUCCCUAAUAAGUAAUUUUUAAGCUUCAGACCAGUGGCAGGAAUGUUUGUUGUCUGAAAUUUACUAUACGACCGCAAUAUAAAGUUAGCCAUGUUGGCUGUUAAAAAAACACUUUAUAGAAGUGCCUGAUAAAAAAAUUGUAGUAUAUAUAUAUUAAAGUGCUGUGAGGGCCAAUUGUAUGUUUAUAUAGGAUUAUUUAUAGGAUUAUUCAAUGUUUAUAAUAUGUUUGUGAGAAAUUUAGAACAUUUUGAUCCAAUAAAAAAUUGGUUAGAUGCUACGAAGUAGGUAGCAUUGCCUUAACCGUGUGUUGUUAUUUCAAAGUCCGAAGACUUUUCUCGUCCUUAUCGAGGGAGAUGCUAACCUUCUCUCGGCUCAUACAACACAAUAGUAUAUUGGUUGGUGUUUUGUAUUUAUAUACUUAACGUUUUAUGUGUGUAGUCAUUGUGGGAGGGAAAUUAAUUUAUGCAUAAUUUAUGCAUGCGUUACUGCACAUGUGCAGAAGUGACAAGACUAUACUACAUAUUAUUUAGGUUCAAAGGCUAUCGACUGUCUUCUCGACUCAAAAUGGGCAAGUGGCAAGGGAGGAACGGAAAUCUUGUUCACAGACAGAGAAUCUGUUCAAGAUUAUCUUCAAGAGUAUGCCAAACUAAAUUUAUUUUCCUGUUCAGUAUACAGAUGUAUUGAAUUGAAUAUUAGUAUGAGCUUUUUCAGUAUACCAAAAUUUUUGAUAUGUCAAAAUCAUUUAUAUUGCUGUACCACAAACAGAGAAACGGUGUUUCAACUUUUCAAGACCAAAAUCUCAACUUCAAUUUUUCACUAACGAAUUUUCCUGUCUAGUUAAAAAGUCCGUCCCAAAACGGUAACCAGAUACUGAUAGAAUCGAUGUGACUUUUCCAGUAUAUCAAUACAAGACAUUCACAUCGAACAUCCCACAGUGGUGCUAUACAGGAGAAAGUUGGAGUACCAUGAGAAAACUUAUGGAGAAAACCUACAGAGUCAAUCUGGAAAAAUGUAUCUAAGAUCCAACUGAUGCAAAAUUAUGACCAAGAAAUUGUAUUUUGCAACAGCUGAAGAUAUCCAACGCCACUUACAGAGGUUGAAGGCACCUGCAUGCAUUAUCACCGAACACACUAUUUAACAAUUAUUCGCCGAAGGCGAUCAUCGGGGAAUAUUCGCCGAGACGAAGUCGAGGUGAAUAUUCCCCGAUAAUCACCGAGCCUGAGGCGAAUAAUUGUUUUAGUAUUUUUACACAAGUCUUUUGUGUUUUUGGGCCUGAAUUUGUUUUAAUCAGUUCGCUUAUUUCUUUAUCAGUAACUACCACAAAACGGCUAGCCACCAUUUUGAAAAUUUCAGUUUUGUUAUAUUCACCUUAAUACGUCAAAUUUGACCAAGCAACGUGUAGGAUUUGUUAUGUUCACUUGUGCAAAAUACUAAUAAACAAUAUUUAACAACUAUUCACUGAAGUGCAUGGUGGUGAAUAGUGCAAGAAUUUUGCGACUUGUUGCGUCUCGGUGAAUAUCCUUGCAAUAUUUACCAACGCUGAGGUGAAUAAUACUUUUAGCAUAUACCAUAACAAAACAAAAAUGACCAAAAAGCAAUGAAUAUAUUUUUAAAACAGUUCCUAUAACAGCUACCGUGUAAUAGUUGUAAACAAAACAGUAUUUACAAACUUUUAGUAAUUUUAUUUAUUACAAAAUAACAAAAUAAAAUGAUACUUCUACACAGUUUAUUAACAAAACUUUGUAGCUUCCUUCGUGUUUGGUGGUGGAACCGCGUUAGUAAAAAAAAAUUCUCGUCUGUAACCGGAACAAAAUGGGAACACAUUUUGUUUUAGUCCGGAUCAAUCCAUGCACCUCCCGAGUAUAUGCUAAUAAAUAAAGUUCGCUAGCGGGAAAUACGUGACCAAAUAUAAAGCUCUAACGUCAGUAUUAGAAAUUAUUCCACCCUUGAUGUCAAACAAAUAGCUCAUUAUGUUUGUGAUGUUACUCUGAGUGUGCAUCCACACCGGGCAAGCUGAAAAGUUUGCUUGGCCACGGUGGGAAUCGAACCCGCGACCUUUGGGAUAUUAGUCCAAUGCUCUGCCAACUGAGCUACCUGGUCAAGUCGGUUCGAGUUAAUGAUAUUUCGGAACUGAGUCUAGUUCCUUCGAUAUCAGUGUAUUCUAUGAUAUGAUUUUUUUGUGUGUUGUUGGUGUCAUAACACCAUAUUCAUAUCAUAGAAUACACAGAUAUCGAAGGAACUAGACUCAGUUCCGAAAUAUAAUUAACCCGAACCGCCUUGACCACGUAGCUCAGUUGGCAGAGCAUUGGACUAUAGUAUCCCAAGGUCGUGGGUUCGAUUCCCACCGUGGCCAAGCAAACUUUUCAGCUUGCCUGGUGUGGAUAAACACUGAGAGUAACAUCACAAACAUCAUAUUCACGUGAGUACACAUAACACCAACAAUAAAAAAGAGCUCAUUAACAUGCGGAAGGUGAAGUGUGAAAUACAAAAAAAUGGGGAAGAUCAGAUUAAAAAAGUGUAGCAAAACACAAAACGUUCCGAAAUAGCAGUAAAGCAUAAUAAAUGAAAGAUGAUUAAAUUCUUGGAAGAAGCCUGAGAUUUUCCCAUUAUAUUAGAUUCUUGCGGAAACGUUUGCGCAAAAAUGAAGAGGUAUAACGUUUAAAUUAUGUAACACAUAAACAUUGCAUUCAUUAGUUUUUUAGAAUUAGGGAUGUUCAAACGUGUGACAAGAGUUAGAAAAAAGAAGAAAGGUGAAAAAGAUGAAGCAAAGAAAGGAACCAAGGAUAACAAAGAUUCACCAAAACCUGGCAAGACCAAAAAGGUUUGGUUAGAUAAUUAUUUAGUCUCUUGAAAUUAUCUUCUAUUAUAAAAAAUUUCUUCAUUAUUCAACAGCUCCAUAAAUAAAGAAUGUUCAUUUCUAAGUUGGCUUCAAUUAUGGAACUUUAUUUGACGUUUCCAAAUGUAAUCUAGCUAGCUGGUUCAUUUUAGACUUUUCUCUUUAUAAACUUUUGAUGAGUUAGAAAAGACUGUAAAAAUAUUUAUCUCUGAAAUGUGUCAUCUUUUGUAAACUUUAGGACUCAAACGAAGGUAAAAAUGUGGAAUCCGAUGGCAAGAAGAUAAAGGUAAGA